AUGGCGUCCUCAAACAGGCACUGGCCGAGCAUGUACAGGUCCAAUCUCGCCUGCAACUUCCAGCAGCCGCAGCCUGACACGAACAACGGCGGCGGCGGGGACAAGUCCUCCUUGAUGCCCUCAAGGUGCGAGGAGAGUGGAAGGAACCCGGAGCCAAGGCCGCGGUGGAACCCGCGGCCGGAGCAGAUCAGGAUCCUGGAGGGGAUCUUCAACUCCGGCAUGGUGAACCCUCCGCGCGACGAGAUCCGCCGCAUCCGCCUCCAGCUGCAGGAGUACGGCCCCGUCGGCGACGCCAACGUCUUCUACUGGUUCCAGAACCGCAAGUCCCGCACCAAGCACAAGCUGCGCGCCGCCGGUCAGCUGCAGCCGUCCGGCCGCGCAGCCCUGGCGCGCGCGUGCGCGUCUGUGUCGCCGGCGCCCUCCCCCGUCACGCCGCCGCGGCACCUGCUCGCUGCUCCCGUGGCGCCCACCUCCUCCUCUUCGUCAUCCUCUGACCGGUCCUCUGGGUCGAGCAGGUCCGUGAAGCCGGCCGGCUCGCUGGCGUCACCCGCGGCGGCCAUCCAGGGCGUGCUGACGGCGACGUCCAUGGACAUGCUUAUGCCGACGCCGGGUCUGGCCGCACGCCAACUCUACUACCACAGCCAGUUCAUGGCGCCUUCCGCGCCGCCGCUGCCCGAGAUGAUCACCUCCCCAGAACCACUUCUCCUGCAGUGGCAGCAAGGCCAGUACCUGCAGGCCACCGAGCUCUGCGGCAUCCUCGACGCCCACACGCAUGCGCCGGCCAUGCAGCCUGCCGUCUCACCCAGCAUGCUCUUAGGCCUAUGCAACGAAGCUCUAGGGCAAGAUUGCAUCGACAUGAACUGCUCCAAGGGACUUGGCCUUGGCCAGUACUGGAACAACACCUGCGGUACUGAGCUCAGCAACAACAAGACCGACGCGGUGAGCGCCGUGAUCAGGGACGAUGAGAAGGCCAGGCUGGGAUUACUGCACUACGGCCUCGGUGUUACCACCACCACCACCGCUGCUGCUGCUGCCACUUCUUCGGUGCCUCUUGCCGCUCCUGUGCAUUCUGCUGUCGCUGCUGCAGAUGCUAGUACGGCAAUGCUUCCAAUUGCCACGCCGAGCAACGUUGCUGCCACGACGAGCGCCGUACUGACUGAUCAGUUGCAAGCGCUGCUGGAUGGUGGGUUGAUGGGGGGAACGGCGCCGCCGACGGCGACGGUGGUGGCCGUGGCCCGGGACGCCGUGAUGUGCGCGAGCACCGUGCAGUUCAGUGUCCCGGCGAUGCGCCUCGACGUGAAGCUAGCUUUCGGCGAGGCGGCCGUGCUGCUGCGCCACACCGGCGAGCAGGUCCUCGUCGACGAUUCCGGUGUCACCGUCGAGCCGCUCCAGCAGGAUGCUCUCUACUACGUGCUGGAUCCUAAUGAUCAGAUGCCUGAAAAUAAGAUCGAUGUCUCAGGCGACGAAGAACGGCAGGAGAGUGCUAGGGGUUAG